ACGUCGAAAAAAGGACAAAAGUUCUGUUGUCACAGAGCAAAAAUCAAGACAUUGUCGGUCGGACUUUCAACUAAUUGCAGUGAUUUCGAUUGUGCUGCAGCCGUCAGCGUCCAUAGAGCAAUUGCAAAGGAAGGAGGGUUUAAUUGAUGGGGUUGAUUCUAAUCACCACCAUACAAAUAUCAUGGAAAUGUUAUAUCUGCAGAGCAUUCUUUCUCGCAGACAAUUCAAGUGGCCAUGUCUGAUUGCAUGGCUCCCGAAAUAGUCUUGUCUGAUUUCUGGUGUGUCGGCGAUGACGGUAGUGUCUAUGCUUAGAGCAAUGUCGGUCUUAAAAUAAUCCUUGGCUUAGCCCCGAAAGUCUUCGUUUUGGUGGUGCGUGUUGUUCGUUUGUGCACGGAGCGAGUGUAUUCCUUCAUCCAAAUGCAGAAGUGUGUUGAGUGCCCUCUUAAUUGGAUCAAUGAAAAGUAAUAAAAACGCGUCCUGCUAUGAUUGCAAUAGGAAGAGCCAAGUUGCACGUAGAUAGCUGGAAAGUUCGAUAUAGUUUCAGUUGAAGAUUUCGCUUUCUUUAUCUGAAGAGGCUGGGAAGCGAAACAUGGGUCGGCCAAUUAGCCUCGCAAUCGAUACGUCCGCUGUGUGAAAUCCACAAGCAACUUAUAUUCGUGUUCUCCUCAACAGCAGGCUUUCACUCUUCCGCAUAUUCAAGUGCUAAAGUGUUUUUCCAUGAAGGAAGUCUAUAGUUAGAAGUAAGGGAUCGAAGCUUACGAAAUCCCUCUGCUCCGCUGAAGUGAAAAAUGACGUAAAAGUUUUGUUCUAAAACAAUUUGAAAGUGGAAGUGCAGUGCGACUGGUAAUCCUCAUGAUAAUAGCAGUUCCGUCUCGCCAAUAUCGUUAAGCAGAAGAGAGGCAAUGGCCGCUGAUAGCGGAUGUAGUGCAACGGCACUAAAUAAUACCAACAAUGGAAGCAGCGGCACAGGAGUAACUCUUUCUGGGAGUGGUAGUUUGGGACGGGAGCAUCAACGUCAGAAUCAUCAACAACUGCAGACACAAUCGUCCAAGCCCCUACAACAAAGCGCCCCGGCUAGUGAUGACGAACUACAAGAGUCACCGGACACUCAUGUUCUUGGGCGAAUCAAACCCGAUCGCGUUCCAAUGACAAAACCUGAAGAAGAUCGUCGUCGACGUACUAUAAUUGUAGAGAAGCGCAGCGGAAGUUACGGAUUCACAUUGCAAAGCUAUGGCAUACACUACAAAAAGGAACAAGAAAUCGAAAUGAUUACUUACGUUGACUAUGUGGAAUACGAUGGUCCUGCCUAUCGUGCAGGCAUGCGAGAAGGAGAUGUUAUACUGUCAAUAAAUGGUACUGAUAUGGAAAAGGCUGAUCAUAAAACGUUGGUUGCUUUUAUCAAAAAUUGUGAUACGCGUAUGCGAAUGGUAGUACUAUUUGAAGAUUGUGUUCGGAAAGUGGAGUUGCAUAUGCGCUACAUACAACUGCAGAAUAUUUUGCAAAAUAAGAUGAGUGAGCUGGAGCGAGUAUGUUUGCGAGAACGGGAGCUACUAGAAGGCAAAUGGAAAACGCACAGUUUACCGGCUAGAAAAAAGGCUGCUACAUCCCCCAUAGAUGGUGAAACGAAUUUAUCACCAAGUGAUUCCGAUUUGCAGCCACCAUUCUACCGUCCCACUUUAUCAACUGAAGAUGUCAAUUUAGGACGACAACGACACACAAUAAUUCCACCUCCUGCUCAAUUUAUGCUUACAUAUCAGUACUUAGAUCCUAACUGUCGUUAUGUUUUGAAGCCCUCCACUUCCAGCAGCAGCGGAGAAUACUUCGUAAGCGUACGGCCACCAUCCCGAUCGCCAAGUGAUCAUCACUACAUUUUGGCGCGGGGAAAUUCUACAGAAAAUGCUUCGAGCGCGACUUCCUACCAACAUGUUCAUAGGCAGCAAACACCAGUCAAUCAAGACAUGCCAUCCACAGAUCAACACAGGGAAGAAAGUGGUGGAAAUCAAAACAACAAGAACAAUGCAGAACAACAGAAACCACCCAAAUCUGGAAGGCAUUGUCACGGAGGUCACUCUUGUAAUCCUUGCAUUGGCCACUUUGGGAAAAAGUCUGAUAAGAAUGGUGAUAAUACUAGUCUAGAUGCAUAUGACCUAGCCAGUCCUUGCUGUGAUCCUCAUUGCGUUCCGACGCGCAGGCGUGUCCGGCACCAUAAGGAGCAUCACCACAAACACAAACAUCGUGAUAAGGAAACUAAGGAAAGACAAAGACCUCGCUCUCAGUCCCAUGCCUCUUCAAGCCCCAGUAAUACUCAACAAACAAAAACUCAUCAUCAUCAUCACCACCACCAUCAGCAGCAGCAACAGGGACAACAAACUCAACCCCAACAUCAUCAAGUUUCUCACGUUCCUGGAGAUAUGAAAGCCCAUCGAUCGAGAUAUUUCGACUUAACAACAGGCCUAGCAAGUCAUUGCAGUCUUCAUUCAUGCACCUCAAGUGAAUUUGCACCAGCUGAAAGUUCAGCCUCCUACACCACUUCCUUAAGUACAGAUACAUUGUACUGGGAUCCUCAAAGUGAUAACACUGGUACGUCAAGACAGCAUUCAACAAAAUCCCGACAAUCAUUCCAUCAAGUUCAAAAUACAGGAGCACCUCACACAAAGCAACCUCAGCAGCAAACAGCUCAUCUUCAGCAACAAGGAGUGUAUCAACAUCGAUACCAUUUGCACACUGCUCAAAUCCAGCCAACUGCUCAUAUCUACCAUCCUCAAUACGUGCACAAACCCAAAUCAUGGGAUAAUCUAACAACUAAGGCAUUCGGUGGCUACGGAUUUGGAUAUGGUUACCUAGACACAGUUGGCCCUAAACCGACAAUCAAAAUGCAGAUCACUCAGCAACGUCACUCUAUUCCACGGAAGAAUCCCUACGGUAGGUAUUCCACGUUCACUGAUGUUGAGAACUAUGCCCCACCUCCAUCACAGUUUGUGGAAGAAACCACCACAACAACAACGAUUACAACGAAAUCGACAGAGAACUUGAUAAAUGCUUCCAAUACUUCGGAAGCAAGUUUGAGAUGUGAUUGUACAGAAUCGCAAGGAUUGUCCGGAAAACAAUCGGUGGGUGUUCAAUACCAUGCCAGCCACACUUCAAGCGGUUACUAUUCAAAUUUACGAAGAAGUACUACGAAUGCUAGUACUUCGACUAGGAACGACGAUGUUGCAACAAUAUCCGAAGUUACACGACUAUAGAAUGUGCAGCACUCACAGAGCUUUUCAAGGGCCCUGGUUGGACUUCAAUUUCUCUGGCUUCCUUUCUUUAGCAUGAAGAAGUUUUUGCUUCUUUUAAAAUUUCUACAUCAGCGAUAUUGCCUAUGUGAAAAUUAUAUGGGAGACUUUUGCGCGAUACUCCCGAGUUUCCCAAAAAAAGUGAAGAACAGCUCACUGAUGGGCAGAUAGCCUGUAGACCUUGACCAUUCCAGGCAGUCAAUCUUCGUUUCUGUUAUGAAAGGAUAAUCAGCUUUAGUUAGAUAUAAUUUACUAUCACCUAAUUCGAAAUGCAUGGUGCUUUUGCUGCAGUGUAGCAAACAUUUCUUUUAUCAGCAACGAAAGGGGCCUCGGUUGCCAACAUCAAUUUAGGACUAAGGACUGAUAGUACGGCUCAUCAUGAAAUCAUGGUGAAUAAACUGGGCUCCCAUAUGAAUAUGAGCAAUGGAUCAUUCCCAAAGCGUUGAAUGGAUUCAGUGACACUUUUAUUGUAAACUAGAACAUAACCGAACAAUUUUAGAGAUGCAAUUUAUUCUGCAACUCAACGCCAAAUAUUAUAAUAUAAAGUUUGUAGUAAAUAUUAUGCAAUAUUGUAUAUGCUAAUGUGAAACAAAUACAACAAUGAAAGAAACGGGAACUGCACUUUACUAGCAAAGAUUUUUACACAUUUAUUUUCAAAGUUAAGAUUAUUUAAAUAACUUUAUUUAUUUACUAUAAUUUGAUAGUUAGAAAAUUAUUCAGGGUACUUACAUAUAUAUUAUUUCCAUAAAUUGUAAAAUAAAAUAUUUUUUAUAACGUU